CAUUCGUGUGGUUACCAAACGACUCGGUUUUGAGUAUUCAGUGUCUCACUUACUGCGCGUGGAUGUCAUGCAUUUCGAGUCUCUGUUUAAAUGCCUUGAAAUUCGGGGCUGCUCCGUGCUUCUGAACUUCACAGGGAUCCUGGAAAGUCGAAUUUAGGAUCAGCAAUUGUUACAUUCUGACAAGCCACGAGGGAUUUACACCAAAGAUGUAAUCUUAGCCCCGCUUCAUGGCAACUGUGACCGAGCAAUGAACGGCGGCGCUGUAUGGGAACUGAAGAGCCACAAGGGGGCGCAGUUUUACAAAGAGGCGGUGCUUCUCUGGGAAAGGCGGGGACGAAAGGUCAGGGAACCAAUCGGACGGCGAACCUGGCUUCUCAGCAUCAGAGGAAUCCCCGCUGAUAUAGCAGUGACGUCACUUUAUUGAUUGGUUGCCAGGGGAACCUCAACCUGUCCCCCUGAGGAGGAGGAGUCGCUGCUGCUGCUGCUGCUGCUGCUGCUACGGCUUGCAGGAUGGGUCAAUCCUCAUCGUCCUACUCGACAGUGGCGGCGGCAAAGAAGGCAAAAGCAAAAUCCUCCGAGAAGGCUACGUCCAAGGAGGCUACGGCAGGCGGGCGGAUGAAAUUCCGCAGAAUCACCAGCGAGGACCGGAGGGAUGACCGGUUCGACCGGGAUAUAACUAAAAAUAAGGGGCUGGCAGAGACGACCUCGGAUAAAAUAAAUACCUCCACACCUGACGAGAUCGGGAUAAAGUUGAGCAAGACUGAUUUGUCUGGCGAUGUGGACUCGUGGCGAGAGGACAGCAGCGGGAUUGCCGGGGAGAAUACUGCGGGUUCCCAGAAUGCGAGCGGCGGGAUUAACAGCAACGGGCAACCGGGGGUCUUAAACUGCGAGGAUUCAUUGAAGAGCUCUGGGGGGGACUCGGAUUCAGUUAUUACAACUCCUAAAAACAGUAAUAACACGACAACUACUGCCAAUUCAACAGGAGAGACCUCUGCAGAUUCAGAGAGGGACUGUAGUUCUGUGUCGGAAUGCGGGGACCAUGAACGCAAAGGUUUGGAGCAAAACAUGGAAAAUAAAGUGAACUUUUUACAACCCGGGGCUGGCGUGAAAGCACUCCGGGGAGCCGCGGACACGAAUUCGGAAGAGCCGAAAGUAAACAAUCAACUCCAGCGGAGUUUGAGACUGGGUGGCGAUUAUGGAGAGAGCUGCAGUAAUAUGAUUUCGCCCGUGCUCGAACCUUUUAACUCUGGCCAGGAUCAAAACAACAGUACGCGUCCAAACGUGUCUGAAAAUGCGGCGGACGCCAGUAUACAAAGCAAGGGGUGCCCAGUGAACUCCAACAAUGAUGCGGACGACGCUUUAAGAUCCCCUGAUUCUCCAAACGCAGACCCCGAUUUCCAGUGUGGGGUUACAGAUCAAAUCUGUAAAGUCCCUGAACGUCUGAGCUUCCCCGGCACGAUCCCGCGGCUCAUUGUGACCCGGGAGCCGAGCCCUUGCAGGGAAGAAGGGUUCGGGGGUGGCGGGGACGUGUCGGACUCGCACCCGGACGUGGAGUCGCCUUGCUCGGACAGUGGGUGCGGGGGGUCCCCGUCCCCCUCCUUGCUUCUCCGCAAGUUUUCUAGCUCGUCGUCUGCCGGCCUGUCCUCGGCUUCGUCUUUUGAAGAGUCGGAGGACGACUUCACCGGGAGCGACAUUGAACCGAACAGCCUGAGCCUGCAGAAUAGACUGGGGAGCCCCGACGACACGACGGGAAACAAGUCGUGGAGGAAGCUGAAAACCAUGGUGCACUGGUCCCCCUUCGUCGUGUCCUUCAAGAAGAGAUACCCCUGGGUGCAGCUGGCCGGACAUGCAGGGAACUUCAAGGCGGGUGAAUUUGGGAAGAUCCUGAAGAAGUACUGUGAGUGUGAGCAUCGUUCUCUGGAGGGGCUGAUGCUGGACAGCCUGCGUCCCUACGUGCCGGGGUACUACGGGCUGGUGGAGAAGGAGGGAGAGACCUACAACCAGAUGGAGGACCUGCUGGCUGACUUCGACUCCCCCAAUAUCAUGGACUGUAAGAUGGGCACAAGGACUUAUCUGGAGGAGGAACUGGUGAAAGCUCGGCAGAAGCCCAAGCUGCGGCCCGACAUGUAUGAGAAGAUGAUCGCUGUGGACCCGGAGGCCCCAACGCCCCAGGAGCGCAGCCAGCAAGCCGUGCUCAAACCCCGCUACAUGCAGUGGAGAGAGACCCUGAGCUCCACCGCCACACUGGGCUUCCGCAUCGAGGGCAUCAAGAAAGCAGACGGCACGUGCAACACGAACUUCAAGAAAACCAAACACAGAGAGCAGGUGCAGCAAGCGUUUGAGGACUUUGUGGAGGGGAACAUCAGCGUCCUGAAAACAUAUUUAGUGACAUUGAAAGAGCUCCGAACAGCAUUAGAAAAAUCGGACUUCUUUAAAUCACACGAGGUGGUGGGCAGCUCGCUGCUCUUCGUCCAUGACUGCACAGGGCUGGCCCGUGUGUGGAUGAUUGACUUUGGGAAGACGGUGAAGCUGCCGGACUCGGAGACGCUAGACCACCGGAUCCCGUGGGUGGAGGGGAACCGAGAGGACGGCUACCUCUGGGGGCUGGACAACCUCGUCGACAUCAUGGGAGCCAUGGUGCCAGAGUGAACCGCUCCUCCAUUUAAUAACUGGUUCAAUUCCAAAGAACUCGCAGCCUCAGAGACAGACCGGCUCGACACAGCUGUCUCUGAGCAGCGGCGACACCAACCUUGAGACAAUGUGCCUGGAAUCUCAAAUCAUUCUGAAAGAAGAAGAAAUAGGAGGUUUAUUUUGUGUCUGGAGUAUCGUGACCAAGCUGGUUUUUAGUUUUUUUUAAGAGAAAUGAAACACUCAAGUGGCCUUAACAGAUUUUUUUUUUUUAACAAAAAAGGAUAAGGCAAAAUAUGUACUGUUCCUUUUUUAAUUUAAUGUAAGGAUACUACACUAUAACACUGGAAAGCCGCAAGGUUUUUAUAAUUUAUUUAAAGAUCGCUCUGCCUGUGUAUUGCAAAGUCGCAUUUUUAUUUGGUAGCUGACAUGCAAAUUACUUCAGUGGGUAUUUUAUGGGUACUUUGUUUUCCUGUGUGCCAGGUUUAUCCAGUUCUUUACUCUUUGCAAUUUUGCAUGCUUGUUUCUGAAAAUCAAACUGACAAUGCUGCACAAAUUGAAGCUACAUUUGUAACAGCGCUGGUGUGUUUUCCUUUAAGGUUAAAUAAUUGUGCAAAUUGCAGCUUGGAAAGAGCUGCUGUGAUUUAUCGGGUCUGUUGUGGGUGGCAGUGUCAGUGUACAAACUACAAAUCUGACGGAGAGAGGUUUAUACAGACGGUACUUGGACUAAAGCGAAAUUCUCAUUUUUGAGUCUGAUGAUCUUUGGCUGUUUUCAUGAGACUUUAACCCAGACUGUAUUCGUAGUGUCUGGGGGCCCUGUUCCCAAAGUUUUCACUCCAGGGCUACUGGUUUGGAUGAAUUGCAUUAUGUUUGAUAUUCUGAAACGGUUCUAUAAGGUGGCUUAUUGAAGAUGGAACGUUUACGCAUGUCAUGAUCACAGGAUAAUCUUGUUAUCCUAACACAAAGUUUUCAAAUGUCAAGACCCAGAUAAUUUGGCUUUUAGUUUUUUCCCCUGUCCUUAAUGAGCCACCGUAGUUCUAUACUUGAUAAUACCUCACGGGUUAAAGCUUAAGAACCUUUGCUUCUAAAGUUAGUGUUUUGCUACGCAAGAAGAAACUGUAAACCCCCUUUAACAAGGCAGAUCAUUCUUGCUAAAACUUUGUCUAACUUUAAGUAACUUGUUUUUGUACCACCGAAUAUGAUUGGAGGGUCCAAAUUCACAUAUGAACUUUGCUGAAAAGUUUCCUUAAUAUAAAGCUGGGUUGUCGUCAUACAGGGCAGUCUGUAGGAGCUCACUGUGAAUGAUUUGCAGGCUGGUGUAUCGGUCAUUGGGACGGAUAAUCUGCUGUGUAAAUGAUGCUAGGAUAGACAAGGGGCCAACAAUCACACUCAAAAUGAAUAGGAAUUAAAACCUGAAUAAGAGACUCAUUGAAAAUAGCAUUGUUGUUCAACCCUAAAUGCACUACAUUUAAACCUGCUUUAAAAAAGUACCUCCGAACAUUUACCAGCUAUGUUCCAUUUCAUCCAAAACAAAAAUGAUGCAAAUUUUACCUGGAAGUAAAAAGUUUUGAUAAAAGGGGAUUCACUGUUGUGUGAAUUCUUUUGGACCAAGCUUUUUUUGUUGCUGUUUUUAUUCUUUCAAAAUUUUGUAAAUUAGUUUUAUUUAUUUUAUAACAACCCUUUUAAUCCUUUUGCAUUCGGAUGAGGGCGUGGUACCAGUGUGUACAUUUUUAUAUUUGAAUAGUAUGAUAAUGAAGACGAACCCUCUGAUUUUGUAAGUAAUGUAGGCUGUUUUCCACUUGGUUGAGAGUACUUCCUGUACACUUUUCACUGAAGACUUUUCAUUAUCAUACUUUUUGAAAAAAGUCAGGCUUUUUUGCCUCCACAUUAUACUGAAAACCAUGUUAAAAUCUUAGAUUACAUCAAUCAAACAAGACUAUUUUUAAUAUCCCACAUACAGUAAAAUAUUGAAUACAUAACUUUUUAUGUAUAGACAGUUUAUAAAGAUCAGUGAGAGUUAUAUCAGCCUCCUAAAAUACAUUGACAAAGUCAUUUUAAAAAUAUUGAGCAUUUUGAAAAGUGCUUCAAAGAUGUAGUUAAUGCACUGAAAGGUCCGCUGCAGUUCACCAGCUCUGCCUUGCUAGCUCAUUCAUCAGCCAGUGCUAAUGCUCCAGUGUGGUGGGUGGGUGUGGCUGCUUUCUCUGUUCCAUCCUUUGUAUACAUAGUUGUACAGCAAGUUGAACUGUAUCAUAGUGUAAAGCCUUCACGCUUCACGCUUCCCUCCUCCCUCUGCUGUGACUUUAUUUUGUUAUAUAUAUAUAUAUAUAUAUAUAUUUCUUCAAUGUAAAUAUUCAUUGAUUGGUAUAAGUGGUGCUGCCUCUCAAUAGACUUUUCAAACUGGAAGUCCAGAGGCAUUGUUUGAAACUGUAAGAAACAAAGUCAAGCAGACUCGUUUUGCUUGGGUCCUGCAGUGCACACUGAAGGGAGCACUAGCUGAAACAUUAGUCUGCAUUUUUUUGUUUUACCCUUCUGUUUUAAGCAUUUUGAAGAUCCGAAUGAUAUAAACAUGUAUUCACAAAAUGCAUGUUUCCAUAUCGUCAUACACAUUGAAGUAGAUACAAGACGUUAUUUUGGAGCAUGUUUCAGAUAUGGGAUACGUAUUUUUCCAGUUCGUAAGCCAGCUGUUUUCUAAAACCUCCACAGCAUGACUGCUCCAUUCGUUUUCAGUCCAAGUUUGAAAGUGAAAAACUGUUGAGAGGGAAUCACCAACAGCUUGUACUUGUACCUAAUAACAUUAAUAUUGUUGGAGUCUAUCUCUAGCAUGGGAUUUAGCAUGACUUUCAGCCAUUCGAUUGUUAAGAUCUACUGUUAGACCAUUUCCAUUGAGCCCUGAUCUCAAAACCGGAUGUACAGAACUGUUUACAGGAGGUUUUGUGUUAAUUUUGUCUUAUUUUCCUGUUGUAAUCUUUUACAUAUUUAUAAAUGUUAUUUUUUGUUCACUGGAACAAUACUGGAAUAUGCAUGGGUUACUCUUUUUGUAUUUCUAUACUGUACUGCUGGGAUAAUUUUACAUAUUAACCGUUCUGUAGCUAGACUACCACAAUAAACUGGAACCUCACAAAGUG